CUAGGGGACUACAACUCCCAGAAAGCCGCGCGAACCGAGAGGCCUUCGGGACGCGGACGUCGGGGCCGCGCCGGGUUCGGGAGAAGCGGGCGGAGUGCCCAUGACGAAGCUAGCGCAGUGGCUUUGGGGACUGGCGCUCCUGGGCUGCACCUGGGCGGCGCUGGCCACGGGAGCCCUGGGCCUGGAGCUGCCGUCGGCAUGCCGGGAGGUCCUGUGGCCACUGCCGGCCUACCUGCUGGUGUCCGCCGGCUGCUACGCCCUGGGCACCGUGGGCUAUCGCGUGGCCACUUUUCACGACUGCGAGGACGCCGCCCGCGAACUGCAGAGCCAGAUCCAGGAGGCGCGAGCCGACUUAGCCCGCAGGGGGAUGCGCUUCUGACACCCUAACCCCAUUCCCACCCGACAGCCUUUCCUCCCGUCGCCCAUUAAAGAGCUUAUUUUCUAA